CGUUUGUAUGUGAAGCUGUGAACUUAGGCGCUGUUGUUCGUGUUAAUAAAGUUUGUCGAUUACUGUUGACAACCACAUGGCUGCGCCCAUUAAGGAAGUGCUGUGACUUAAGUGCAUGAGAGGAAAUUAAAAAAAAUGCCUGCCUCAGUCCAAAAACUGCAACAAAUGGCAAUUUACUUGGGCAUUGUUGGAGGAGCAGCAAGUGCAGUGAUGUAUUACCUCAUGCAAAAAAAUUUUGCAAAGUCCCAAUACUUUCAGCUUGCUGUGGAGAAGCUUAAAGUUCAUGAAAUGGCGAUGGACUCUCUUGGAGCCCCUCCAUUGAAAAUCCACAACAUUAGGCUUACUGAUCGACAUAAUCAUGUGGAUAAAGAAAGAGCAAAGCUCAAAAUUCCAGUUUCAGGAGCCAGAUCUGCAGGAUAUCUGUACAGUUUCUCAACUAGAGAUGCCAUAUUGGACAGGUGGCAUUUAGAAGAGGCUCUGCUUCAGCUCAAAGAUGGGACAUCAUUUGUACUUUUUAAUGAAAAAGAAGAAAUAGAAGCAGACAGAGCUGAGAGUGGAGACCACAUCUUCAAUAACUAGUGACACAUACUGUGUUAUUUCUGCAGAUGAACUGCAUUUUGCUUUUAGUAUAGUGUGCAAUUAAACAAAUUAAAUAUCAAUUUACUGUAGAAUACCAGCCCUUUUAGCAGAAGUAUAUAAGAAGUAAGGUACUUACACCAUUUUGUUAACCUCAUUUCCUUCAAGAAUCAUACGUUUUAAUCUUCAAAAAUUACACAAGUAGCAAGUCCCAUAAACAAAAGCACACAGCGUGUCAAUUCCCACCAUAAAACUUGGAUCAUCCUGUAGUUCUAUGAAGCAAACAAAAAUUAGCAACAUAUCCAAUAUGUGUGCCAGUGCCCAGACAUCUUGCCUCGUACAGUUUCAGAAAGUACUUGGACUCCUUCACUUUCUACACCCUUUAUUGAGCUGUAGACUUAACUUUAAAUAUAUACAUUUACCAUGUUUUCAGAUCAGUCUACACUCAGUAACCCCCACAAUGACCAAGUGAAAACAUGUUUGCAGAAAGGUUUACAAAUCAAAAACUGAAUCCUGUCAUUCUUACCAGUAUUCAGACCCUUUGUUGUGGUAGAGCAGGUUGUGGUCAGGUGCAUCCUGUUUGAUUUAAUUAUAUACUAUUAUACUAUACCAGUAAUGGCGCGCUGCACGAUGACAUGCAGUGAAUACACUUGGCUUGAGCAUUCAUAGUAUUCAUCCUCUUUUCCUGUACGUUUACCAUUCGUUUGCUCAGAGGUUGAUGUGCUUGCUGCUUCCUGAGCAGCUCUUCUUUUCUCCACCCUAGCGGCCCCCUGCUUCUCUUCUUUCGUCGGCAUCUUUUCACGUUAAAACUGAUUAAGUUCGUUUUUGUGUUGCAAUUACUUAUUACGUUUUCUUUAAUCUUUCACUUAAUCUGGCACUUAAGUCUUCAAUCUGCCUCAAGAAUGAUUAGCGAAGGUGGUAGGGAAUGAGAACGGCACCUGUACAUAUGCGCCGCACGGCCGCCCUGCAGCCGAGAGUUGAUUUUACAAUAAAAUAAAAAUAAAAAGAGUAAUAAAAUCAUCACCCCGAAAGCGGAUAGUAGACGUCACAUAGUAUAUUUGUACCAAAUUUCAAGUCAAUAGGUGAAACGGUUUGCGAGCUACAGCUGAUUUAAAAUCCUGGACAGACAAACGAACAGACAUAGUAGCGUAUUAUAGAAGAUGUGUAGAAAGUAAAUGGAGUCCCCCUGUGGCAAACUGAAUUGACUGGACAUUGUAUGGAAUGGUCACACAAUUCACACUGCACGUCAAAACAAAAACCAAGCCACGAAGUCCAAAGAACUUUUCAUAGACCUUAGUGAUAAAACUGUGGUAAGACAUAAAGCUUUUGAGAGUUUCCAGGAAACUGAACUUUUCUUAAAGUUGCCUGUUUGGAAAAACUGAAUAACGGGGUGAGAAGGGCCUUGGUCAUGGAGGUGACCAAAAAUCCAAUGGUUACUUUAAUACAGCUUCAAAACUCCUUUGCUGAUAUGGAAGGACGACUACCCUAGCAACACUCCAUUAAUCAGGUGCACAUGACAGCACAGGGAUUGCCAAACAAAUUUAAAGGAUUCAUGAGGAAAAAGAUGGUCCGGUGUGAUGAGACAAAAAUGUAACUCUUUAGGCAAAACUCCAAACACUCUGUCUGGCACUGCUCAUCAUCCGUCCAAUAGUAACAUUAAAGUGAAACAUUCUGAUGGAAGCAUCAUGCUAUAGGGAUGCUUCUCAGUGGCAGGGCCAUCAAGAUUGAGGAAUAGAUGGAUGCAGCCAAAUACAGAGAGAUCCAUGAAGGAAACCUGCUCAGGUGUGCACAUGACCUCAGACUGGGGUGUGAUGGCUCACUUUUCAGCACAAUGACCUGAAGCACACAGCCAAGACAACACUGGAGUGACUUUGGGACAAAUUUCUGGAUGUCCUUAUAGGGCCCAGCCAAAGCCCAAGCUUUAAACCCAUAGAACAUCUGUGAAGAGACCCAAAGAUGGCACUCUACAGAUGUUUUCCAUCCAAUCUAAUGAAGCUUGAAAGGAUCUUGACACUUUCUUCAUUACUAAAAUAUUCAGGAAGUUCUUAUCACAACACAAAAGCAUUAACAGUCAAGCCACACAUGGCUUGUAACAAAAGCUGUUUUAGCAAAGAAAUGGAAUAAAAUGUCUUGGUAAAAGUCUUUAUUCAAAGCUAAAUCACAGUUGUAAAUGUAGAAAGAAAUGUUCUGCUCCUUCCUUAUACACUGAGACGUAAAUUAAAUACAGUCAAACUCGGUUUUAACGAGCUCGGUUAUAAAGAUUUCUCGGUUAUAAUGGGGAAAAAAAAAAAAAUUUUGAAAGAUAUACCAGCUAUUUGCAUGUAAAUUUGCCCUGUUAUAACAAGCAAAAUCUCGGUUAUUACGAACAACACUUGACCACAUCCUGGACUUUUUGCGAGCCACUUAGCGGAAUAAAUUUCAAUAUGCAAUAAAUUUCUUAUCUAUUGCCUGGAACAAUAUGAUGACUGUUACCAUACAGAAUUGCUUCAGGAAAUCAACAUCUGAUAUUUUUGAAGAUGAUGAUGAAUUGCCAUUAUCUACAUGGGUUCGACAAAACAAUAUUGAAAUUAAUAAUGUAAAUUAUGACUAUCAACACGUGGAUGACAAAUUGUUUACUAACGGAAUUUCUACUGAAAACGAAAUCAUAAAUGAGUUGCUUCAAAAAGACGCCGCCGCUGGCAUAUUGGAUUUACCAGAAUGCAGUUUACCAACAUUGUUUGAUGCCGUAAACGCCUGCAAUAGAUUGAUGGCAUAUUCUCAAGGGACGGACGCAAAAAGCAAGCAUUUGAUGCAUUAAGGGGCAAACUACAUGACGGUAGAUUACAAAGUUUAAAACAAAAAUGUAAUUUGAACUUUCUUAGAAAAUAGUCUAUUGUACUUUAUGUUUUGAUUACGGGCUAAAUGUAUAUAUUUUUUUCAAUAAAUCACUAUUACUUUAA